AUGGCGCACCAGUUCUGGUUUUCCUACCCGCCCCCCACGAGCGGCUCCAGCCGCUCGCAGACCGACGAGGAGAAGAAGGAGAAGAAGGAGGCCGCCGAGGCGCUCGCCCGGGCCGAGCACUUCCAGCAGCAGGCACAACAACAACAUAGGGCGCAGCGGGCGCUGGAGCGAGAACAACGGGAGCUGGACCGCGAGAUGAGGGAGAUGGACUGCCGGGCGCCGAUCGCCAGCCUGGACUGCAUGGAGGAGUUCGGCACGGGGGCGGUGCUCGGGUCGGGCGCAUCCGACCCGUCGGCGCCCGCGGCCAACACCAAGGAGGGCGGCCAGUCGGGCGGGCAGCUGGGCGAGCACGCGGUGGCCCGCCAGACGACGGUGACGCCGGGGCUGCGCUACCGCAACCUGGGCAAGAGCGGCCUGCGCGUUUCCAACGUGGGGCUCGGCACCUGGGUGACAUUCAGCUCCGGCGUGACGGAGGAGGCGGCCGAGCAGAUCGUGCUGCUCGCCUACGACUCGGGCAUCAACGUGUUCGACCUGUCCGAGGCGUACAGCGGGCCGCGCGCCGAGCUGGAGCUGGGACGCAUCCUCCAGCGGCACGGCUGGAAGCGCUCCUCCUACAUCGUCACCACCAAGAUCUACUGGAACACCAAGUCUGACGAGCGCGGCCUGUCCCGGAAGCACGUGAUCGAGUCCGUGAAGGCGUCUCUGCAGCGCCUGCAGCUCACCUACAUAGACGUCGUCAUCGUGCACAAGGCCGACCCCAUGUGCCCCAUGGAAGAGGUGGUGCGCGCCAUGAACCACGUGAUCAGCCAGGGCUGGGCCAUGUACUGGGGCACGGCGCGCUGGACGCCCGUCGAGGUCAUGGAGGCCUACACCAACUGCCGGCAGUUCAACUGCGUCACGCCCAUCUGCGAGCAGGCCGAGUACCACAUGUUCUGCCGCGACAAGACCGAGCUCUACAUGCCCGAGCUCUACAACAAGAUAGGGGUGGGCCUGAUGGCGUGGUCCCCUCUCACCAUGGGGCUGGUGUCCGGCAAGGUGGACGAUAGCGGCAUGCCUCUCUUCACUAGGCCCUCCUUCAAGAACAAGUACUCCUCCUUCAGCUGGACAGAGGACGAGACGCAGAAAGAGGGCUUCACGUGGGUCAAGGACCGCAGUGGAGGCGGCGGGGGCGGAGGCGGGGGCGGAGGCGACGACACGCCCCGCGAGCCCGCCCCACCGGCGCGGCGGCCGCAGCAGGAGAAGGUGCGGGACGUGGCGCAGCUGGCGGAGCGGCUGGGCUGCUCGGUGCAGCAGCUGGCCAUCGCGUGGGGGCUCAAGAACGAGAGCGUCCAGUGCCUGCUGCUGGGCGCCGCCUCCGCCGACCAGCUCUACGAGAGCAUACAGUCCCUCCAGCUGGUGCCAAAGCUGACAAGCAGCACAAUGGCAGAGCUGGAGCGCAUCCUGGACAACAAGCCAGCGAGGCCACCCAUGGUGUCCACCCUGGCGCUUAGAUGACAAUCAAUGUGCCCCCCCGGGGGACCCGGAGGGGGCGCUGAUGGCUCGCCCAAGGACGAGGACGCCGACCAUCAGCAACUCAGCAGUCAGGCCCAGAAACUGCCCUUCUGCACCAUCCAGUGACCUCGGCUGACUCAGGAUGGCGGGGUGGGCGACCUGCUUCCGGUGCUCGCCGGCCCCGCCUCCGCCUCCGCCCCCGGCUACUCCUCCGUGCUGGGGGCUUCAGACCCCAGCGCCACCUACGGGGCCUACCAGUACCAGCAUCAGCCCUACCACCACCACGGGUCCACCUCGUCGGCACCUGCCGGCUGCUGCGGAGGUGGAGUGGGGGGUGGCAGUGGCCGUGUCGGGGGUGGCUGCACCAGUGGCGCUGCUGACGACGACGAGGACGAGACACUCCCACUGCUCUUUUCGUCGCUGUCCACUGACGCGGCCGUCGCAGCUGCUGCGGAGAGCUACGGUGCCUGCCUCAACGAGAGCUGGUGGGAAGAGAACAAUUGAGCCGCGAGGCUGACCACCACCACACCGGCUACUCAACUGUGGGUACUGUGAGACCUCGAGUGUGCCUUGAUUGAUCAUUGGGGGCCAGACUCUUGGUCCCAGCCUCCAUCACAUCAGCGACCAGCUGUGGUUGUGUUCCCACAGAACCAUACGGGAUCUGGAGUGGAGUGCCUUGAUUAAUCAUUGGAGACCAGAUUCAUGGUCAUGACCUAUCCUCCUCUGGUGAAGCACUGUUUGGUGCUUGUGAGUGUGUCUCCAUAUCUAGCCAACAUUCUUUAACGGACAACUGUGAUACCAUUGUGGAAAGCCUAUAAACAUUAACCUUUUGUGCCAGCGACCCAGAAGUGCUGCGUCACAUUCAACCGCUGGAGGUGACAUCUCACAGAAUAUUCCCAUCAUUAGUUCCUCGGAGGACAAGUGCAGUCACUUACCUCAGCACUGUAUAUAUGCCUACAAAUUUGCCUGAUUUGUAUGGAAGAUAUGUGAAAAUCGUUAGUGAUUUUCAGAAACCCGACAAGGAAACUACACAUUGUGUGACACAAACACUGUGUUAUCUUAUCUGUCACGUAGUACAUCAAUUUUUCUGUGCUGCGGGCUUUUGAGAAUCAUCUCGCAGUAUGCUUAUCGGAAAUUUCCAGCGAAAACCCACUAAUUUCUACCAUUUUAUGAAUAUCUCGAAGUUCUUUAACUCUGCAACACUACAUGUAUCACCGCACAUAGAUAAACGCAGAUGUACUUGCAUAACAAAGGCAACUCUCAACAGAAUUAUCAGCUUUCUGACAUUCUAAAUUAAGUUCUCCAUGCCAUAAGAGUCUUCACUCAAUUGACAGGGUCAUUUGGGAAAUUUCCUGCAAACCGAGUAACUCCUACUUUUUUAAGAUACCUGAGACUCCUGUAAUCUUACAACAGGAUCUCAAACUCCAUAAUCUGAUGUGCAGGGAUACAUUUUCACAUUGAAGUAAACAUCCAGCAGCAUUAUUCAAUCUGUGGUACACUUCAUCAGUUGCUUUAUUUCUUGAUUCAACUUGCAUUAUCAUUUUGAAAAUUCAUGAGCUUUGUUGACAGUGCAGAUCCGUAAAUUUGCAGUUUUUUAUGGAUAUCUGGAAUUCCUGUAAUCCUAUAAACAUAUAUGAAAAUCUGUGCCUAGGUGUGUGUGGAUAAAUUUCUGUAUCAAUUGCUUUAAUGUGUGUGACAUCCUGUAUCCAUUCCUCUGUCCCGUGGGCUUUCCUAACUCUACUGGCAGUAUCAUCUUGAACAUAUACUCUAUUCUGCAGUGCAAACGUGGAAUUUAUGUUCUUUUAUAGAUUUCUGAAAAUCGUGUAACCAUACAACUUUGCAUGAAGUACCACACUUACAUGUACAGGGCCACAUUUGCAGGAGAAACGAAACAUCCAAGAAAACUAUCUAUGAUGUGUAAUCUUACAUCAAUUACCCUGAAUCAUGGACAUACUUCAUUCAACUGGCAGUAUCAUUAUAGUACAGAUCUUGUAUUUUCAAAAGUACUGUACACUAUAGCUCUGCAUUCAUACUAUAUAUAACUCUACAUACAUAAUCAAGUGUGAGCAGAUGCAUCUCCUUGCCAAAUGGAAGUCCCAAAAACUUUUAAAUUUGACACACACUCUAUAAUGUCUCCAUGUAAGGACUUGUGAAGGACAUGCUUUACUACCAAAGACAUUUGCCGAGAUGCCCUAGAGAUUUCUGACGCAAGCAAUGAUCCUUACCUUCUUGACAAUGUUAUCAACAACAGGAAGUUCUGUGAGCUGCACUUCUGGUUUAGGAGUCUGCUUCCAUUGUAUUAGACUUUCAAAGCAGAUGCUGUGACAGGAAAUACUGCUGAGCUACCUAACAACACAUGAUGACAGAAUCAAGAUCAGUGUAAAGAUCGCACAUGCAAAUUUUAUAGUUUAUCAGUAUUUCUACAUUAGUCCAGAUUUUCAAGAGUGAAAUGUAAAGUAAAAUUAACCUGUCUAGAGUGGGAAACCUUCUGACAGCAUGUAUGUAUAUGCAUGUGUGUUUGUGUGUGUGUGUGUUUACAUCUUUACAUCUCUCCCAUGGAGACAAGCCUUCAAUUACAGGUCAAUGUAUAAACGAUUGUCUUUCUGUCCAAGACUGUAGCAGCAUAGUGCCCAGGGAUAUUCCCUCUCGUUUUUCUUAGAACUGGUGAGCCAGUUUCUGGUGGAAACACUUCUGAUCUGAUGUCUUGCAGGCACAGAUUGCCAUUGGAAGUCACUACAGGUCUCUCAUGUGUACAAUUUAAUACUGAGCUAAAUUGUUUACACAGAUAGCCAACUGCAGAAACCAGCUGUAUGACUUUCCUUCAUUCUGUAAUCUCCAUAGGUAAUAAAACACAUUUCUACAUCUUGAAUAGAUAAAAUAGCAUCACAAAAUCCAUGAAACGUCCCAGUACCUACGUUAGAUGUCACUUAAUGAAGUAUCCAAGUAUCCAAGUAUUGGAUUGCAUAAUGUAUUCUGAUUGCACAGGUGAAUUAGUUAUUCUGAACUUUGAUUUGACAGCAACAUGAAUAUUUUUGUUUGGGUUACUGGAAACGAGUAAUAUAUAACUGUAUUUAUUGUCUGAUUCAUUACAAAUAUUUGCCAUCUUUCAGGAGUCAGAUACAAUAUCAUAAGGAAUAUUGAACACCCUACAGUUUCUUCCCUGGUAACAACAAUAACGUUACCUCAAAUUCUUCUCUUACCAUUUACAUUGUCUUUUCCCUUUCAAUAUUUAUAUCUUAUGGGACAAUCUGCAAGUAUAGUGAAGAGAAUGGCAAAAUACUGGACAAGUAUCAAAAGACAUCCACCAAGAGGGAAAGUUGAUAAUUAGUAAUUUUGAUCUACACGUGAAUACCUCACAUCCAGAACUCAAUAAGACGUAUGGAAAAGCAUCAAUUUAUCAUGUCCAGAAAUAUGAAAGCUUAGUCAGAGGACUGUGUAGGUAGCAAACACAUUUUAAUUUGGAAGCAUGAACCAUACAACAGUCUUACUUCACAUACACAUACAUAUAAGCUAACUGCUAUGAAGAAAGUUCUGUUUGGUCUCAGUCGUCAUUUACAAUAAAUAACAACUUCAAUAAAUUAAAAUAUUUCAAGAUACUGUUUUUCUUCUGUUGUCAAUAUUCUUUACAAGUACUAUAACUUGAACUAUAAAAACUUAAAGUCCAUUAAAUGCCAUAUAUGUGAAGACCAAUUUCUUUCUGUUAUACAUCACCCUUAAAGUUUUGUGUUACUAACAUUUCUAAAAUCAGUUAUAAAAUAAAUCAUUGAUAAAUGCAUGUAAAAAAGCUGUCAGAUGUUAAAAUUAUGAAACAUAUUAGGAAAUACUACUGCACUUGAAAGAUAUGCCUACAGAAUAGUCUUUUCACACUUUAUUUCCUUGGUAUAAAGUGGCUCACAACUGCUCGUUAUAUCAGCAUAUCUUGUAAGAAAUCAUCCAAUUUUUCAUAGAAGAUGUACUGGCAUCCAAGGGGAAGGUGGUUCAAGCUCUGGCCAAAAAAAGUCCAAGCAGACUGGUCCAAAAAAUACUACUUGUUUCUGUUAACUCUUCAUCAUCAGUUACGAUUUUUAAAUUUUUUUAAAAAUUAGAAGUAUUGUAAUUUCCCAGUUGUGUACAAAUUCUAUGGAACAUACUGGAACAUAUAUUAGUCAGAAGAAAGAAAAUUAGCCUUGUAUUUAUCUUUACUGGUGUUUGAAUUCUCGAUGUUGCACUUUAAGAACUGUGAUCCUCAAUCCAUGAGAUUAACCAGCACUAUAGUUGAAUUGAAGUCACAAUCUGAGCCAUUUUUCUCUAAAGACACUUCCUUCUUAAACUGAAAACACCUGACUCUCAAAAUGCGUGUAUCAUGAGAAUCAAUCCAGCAACAUGAAAAGAUAAUGACUUGUCCACAGAGUUCCUUGUUUUAACAAUUUCAUAGAGGACUGAUAUCAGGACAGUUUUAUUGAGUUACUUGUUGUUUCAACCAAGAAUAAUCGGGUUGGUACAUAUCGGUCACCUGCUGUUCUCCGUAUUCUCAUGCCCCACAAACAUUAUACUCAUCUAAGUCCAUUAUAUCUCAACAGCAUACAUUUCAUUUCAUUGCAUUAAAACUGUCUCAACAGUGUGUUAAGGCUUUGGCAUUGUUGUCAAAAGCACUGCAUAAAGCUCAUUGCAUUUACUCAUUGAAUAUAUCCAUAGGUGGCUGUUGGAUUCUGUGAAGCAAGUUGGUGUUAUAUUGGAAUUUUCUUACAAGAAACAGCUGACAGGACUAUGAAGAAUGUUAAUUCACAUGCAGUAUCACACUCUGUGGAGUAAAUGUAUAAAUAAAAUGAAAAGCCUCUAACAAGUUAUUGUUGUAUGAGAAAGAUUCAUAUAAUGGAAACAAAAGAGGAAAAAAAUCGGUUCCAGCAAGUUGCAGAUAUACAUAAGAGAUCUUUCACUGGUAAUGAGAAAUAAAUACCAUCAAUCUGUGUUACUGUAUGAAGAAACACCAGACAAAAAUUAUUUAGUCAGAUGUCCAUAGAUGCUGUUAAAAUUCUUGUUAUUUUUCCUGAUAAUAAUUUCUUGCCUUUUCUCAAUAUGCAUGCGUGCCUCUCCCUCUUAAAAAACGUUCAGUUGAGAUGUCAAACAAUUAUUGAAAAACAGAAGAGCCCAAAAUGAUUGUAGUGUAAAGCCACUUGACCUUACACAAUUUUAAAUAGUCACUCAGUAAUUGAACUGAAGAUGGAAAAAUAACAAAAUUAUAACAUAAUUUUGCCGGCCGAAGUGGCCGUGCGGUUAAAGGCGCUGCAGUCUGGAACCGCAAGACCGCUACGGUCGCAGGUUCGAAUCCUGCCUCGGGCAUGGAUGUUUGUGAUGUCCUUAGGUUAGUUAGGUUUAAUUAGUUCUAAGUUCUAGGGGACUAAUGACCUCAGCAGUUGAGUCCCAUAGUGCUCAGAGCCAUUUGAACCAUUUUUAGCCACCAUAACAUAAUUUUCUUCUUGUGUACAUUAAUUUGCACUGAGUUCUUAAUACACAAAACAGGUGGCUAUAAUCCCUAAAACUCCAUUAUUUGAAGAUUUUAUCUUUUAUGUGUCUGAAGAAUAAUAUAAUUUCAAUCAACACCAAAUUUUGUUUUCAACAGCCACUUUUGCUCAGUUGAGUGUAUGUGCCAAAGCAUCAUACAUCAUUAUUGCAAUACACAUCAUUUUUUGCACUCCAUAUUUUCCAUAUGGGCUUGUGCUUUUCCUCUAAUACCACUUAUAUUCACUAUUUGUAUGUGUGUAGUACUGAAAAUCAGUAUACAGUCCAUAUAUUGUAAUCAAAGAGUGAACUUUUAAUUAAUUCUUUUGAAAGCUAAAACUUGCUCAAGCUUAUAUAUUGAUAGCCCUCUUUCUAAUAUUUUUCUUCAUCAUAUCUAUAUUAUUUCAGUACUUUCAGUGAUUAAAUAGACUUAAACAGUAACUAGAAAAUCAUUUCGAUACUAUAUUAUCCAAUAGCACUGCUUCAAAAGAACAAUCCUGCUGCAGAAAAAUACUGCCUGCAGAUCUUUCUAUGAAUUUGUUUAAACUUUUGCUUUGACUAAUCUUAAAUAUUUUAAUCAAGUACUUUUUUCUUCCAAACUUUUCUAGUGCUGAGAAUACAAUUGGCAUAUUUCUGCCUUUGAUAAAUCACAAUGGUAUGUGUGGCCUGUGGACUUUAUGUCAAGGGCAACAAAAAUAUUUCAAACAGAAUUAAAACUACACUCACAAUUCACUGUUUUUAACAAUAACAAACAACAUUCAUUGCUGUCAGAAGAUCCGACCCAUUCUGGAAAUGUGACAUUAAUUUAAAAAAUCUUCUGUAGCUUGUGUAGUUGUUUGUUGAUGUAGGAGUGAGAAGAUUGAGGCUAAUUUAAAGGGGCACUGUGUAGAAUAAUUGAUAUAGCUAUGAAAUUAUGGCACCUCAUCUGUCAUUGGAAUCAGAGAUGUUUUUGCACUACGAAAGACAUAUUUGCGAAAUGCAAGUUGAAGUUAUGGAAAAAAGGCAUAACUCAGCUAGUAUUCUAUUAGAAAGUAACAAUAAAUAUAUAUGCUGGAGACAGAUAUCUAGAAGUGUAUUUCAUGUCAUUUCCAGCAAGAAACUUAUAACUUCAGACUACCAUCAAAAUAAUUUUUAAUUGCAAAUGAUUCUGCCUCUUUGAUACAAAAAGCUACUUUGCAGUUGAUACCAUUCAAGACAACUAUGCAGUUUAUAUAAACUUCAAAUUAAGCUGCUAAUUCUAGUACUGCCAAAAUUGUUAAAUAUAAUUACAAUGCAGAAACUGCUAACUUAUUUUGUAUAAAUGGCAACUCGCUUGCAACAACAAUUCAGUGCCUGCUUGAAAACCCAGGUAACAAUGACACAAAGGAUUAGUGUUGCUGUUUUUUCUUAACAGUAUUCAAUUUGCGUGUUACUUUUCCACAAACAAAAAAUUAAACAUUUAUUGUCAUACUAAUGUAACCUAUUGCCAUCUGUCUACCUUAUAAUGCUGUGUAGUUCAUGUUUGUAUCUAGUUUAUGGAAUGUUUUUACCAUGUGGUUGUUAAAAUAUUUUAAAGAAAGGAUCUUUUGACAAACAUUCUGAUGACGUGAAGAAAUUUAUCAAUAACAGACUUCCAGGUGUUGUGCUUUCAAUUUCCAACAUAAUUGUGAUAUUUAUGAUAUUAUCAAACGUUUUGGAAAUGUAUUAACUGUGUUCCAGAGAUGUUGAAUGGGACUGUCUUUAUGAUAUUAGUGACUGCAUAAAAAAGAGCAUAUCGUUUUUUCUUAAUAAAGCUCUUUUAGAAAUUGUUGCCUAAAACAAGUACAAUAAGAUGAACUAAAAUGUAAAUGCUACAGUUUUUGUGAAGUAAAGAUAAUAUGAGAGGAGAAAAACCGAUACAACACGAAAAUAUUUCAUGAUAACAACUAUAGCCAAUAUUUGCAAGCCUUAGAACUUCUUCCUUUAAUAAUAUCAUGUUGGUACUCAGAAAAGCAUUUCGUCCUUUUUCAUGCUUCGAAAGUUUAACUCAAACGGUUGUGUGACGGGGUUUUAAUAGUGGUUAAGGGGAAGAAAUUUAAUGCACUUUACUUUUUACACAUCCUAUUUUAAUCAAUUUGAUACAUAUGGUCUGCGACUUUAUUUGUCGCAGUAAUGUUUUUGUGGCAUAGUUUGUUCUUUGUUACAAAUGUAACAAAUCAUUUUUCACUGUGAUAAUGCACAUUGUUUGAUUUUUUCUAGAGUCUAUUGUAUGUUAUUGUUAAAAUAUUGUAUAAUCUUUUUCCUUGUUGAUAUUAUUAUUGUUAAGAUAUUCCGCAAGAAUUAGUACCGCUAGAAAUAAAUCAUUGCUCACAUGUUUUGGUGGGUUUUCCAGGUAUUAAAACUACUAUAGUGUAGUGUGUGUAUGGGAUGGUGAGUGUGCACAUUGACUGAGUUACCUUGCUGGUUGACUGAGAGUAAUUUUUUUCAAUUUAAUAACAAUAAUGGGGUCUUUGCAGUGUCUUGUACAUUUUCCCCAUGAAUCAGUGCUUUGUUUAUAGAUUUAAAUGAUUGCAUAGUGCAUGAAAGGGCAACAUCUUUGCAUACAUAAUGAAAAUAGUGAAAAUUGUCUUUUCCAAGUUACACAUGAAAUGUGAGUCUGUUGUUUGAAGAUAAUGCAAACAGUUCCUAACGCAAAAAAAAAAAAAAAAAUGUUGUCUAGGGAGAUCAUAAUUUUGUUGCCAAUACAAAUAAGAUAAUUAGGAAUAUACUUUAUAAUUAAUUCUCUAUGCAAGUUUCCUGCAUACAAUCUGUUUUCACGUAAAGAAGAACAAUUAAAGAGAAUUACUGUUGCAGGUUGUUUCUACCACAGUUCACUACAGUAUUCAUUAUUUUAUAGAAGACAGACAGCACAUAUUAUUUUCAUAAUUUACUGGCAGAUUUUUUGCAGUUGCUUCCAUUUUGCAAUAUCAAGCUUAACUUACAAUACGUUUGUCUGGAACUAAUAUCUAAUCAACGUUUAAAAAAACUGAGAUUUACUCCAACCUAGAUAUUUUGAUUUUCUUUGAACACAGACUCACGUUUUCAAUAUAUUACACCAAAAAAGUUUUUAAAAGUAUGUUAGAAACUGUGCUUUAUUCUUAGAACAAAAUAAAACACCUAUGGCGUUCUCUUUGCUUGAGAAUGGAUAGAUGUCAAACUGUAUUGCCACACUUAUUUAGAAGUGUGUCUCAAUAUUACACCAUAUGAUUAAGAUUGACUAUUUCUCUAAUGCUGUAGGCAGUACUUACGAGUAAAGAUAUACCUUUGCGUCUGUAUUGGGAAAUAGUCUGUAACAGGAAGUCUCUCCCUGUAAUCACGUGGCUUGUGCCAGUGUCUUAAACAUCAAACAAUUAAGUACAAUUUUAUAAUAUAAUUUUUUAAAUUGUUUUUUAUUGUACUGGUAUUUUAUAGGUGAAGUACUUACCAAAGUGUACAGCAGCUAGCAACUAUGCUUUUAAAAAUUACUUCCUUUUACUUUUUAUACAAGAGGUGAUGAAAUAAAAGUACUCAACAUCCUAAAGGUUUUGAUGCAAAGCCAGUAAAACUUUUAUUUUAGGUAUUGCAUGUAAAAAAGUUCAUGUGCUAUAUACUACAAAUUACCUGCAAUUCCUGGAAAUGAGAUAAUUAGUAACUAAUUUAGAUUGAACUGUCACAUGUAUGAACACUUUCUAUUCAUUGACAAAUCAUUUGUAAAAUAAAUAAUUUAAGCGCAUUGAAAACUUUUUAUCUUCCUCCUGAAAUUUUGUAACAUUUGGCAACCAAAAUAUGUUUGUAAGCAAUAAGAUUGAAAUUCCAGAAGAUGUGAUGUGUAUGGAUAGGCAGUGCAGAUACCUUUAAGUGUUUUACUAUUUGUAGGUUUUCCUAUAUUCAGAUUUCAGCUUUUAAGUCAUACUACAACCCAAACCGCUUAUUUUGUGUAGUCAAGGAGGAAAAAUGAAAUACAUUGAUUUAUAGUCAAGGAGGAAAAAAUAAAAUAAAUUUAUAUUUCAGCAGCAAGUUUACAAGAUUCAUUGUACAAUUGCAGCUAUUUUUUCAAAUGUAAAAGUAUUUCAGAUUUAUAGAAUUGUUAUUUCAAUCUCAUCACCUAAAUUUUUCCUGUAUUCUAUGUUUAUGAAAUUUGAUAACUGUUACUUUGGUGGUUGUAAAAAUCUACUGUGUGUAAUUUACAUGCAGACUGGCUAAUUUGUGAUAAUGACAUAAGAUAAAAAUUCUUUGCACUCUGUUACAGUUUAUUUAUUCCUACAUCUCAAGAGUUUUAUAAUUUUCUCCUGUGUAAAUGUCAUAUACUAUCACACACUCUUCUAAACCAUUACUUGGAUAGAUUAUCCUCUUUAUAAGUAAUUUAUCUAAUUUUCUUUCUUUUCUCUAUGUACUUGCAUUGCAAACUGUACGUAGGAAUGAUAACUGAAUAUCUGAAAAAUGGGUGUGUCUUUCUGAAAUGUUUAAAAAUUUAUUCACAUCUGGUUUUAUAUUUCAAGUGAAUAAAUUUGCAUUACUAACAACUUCAA